AUGUGCCCAUUCUAUGAUGGGAAUUGCACUGAAGUUUUGCUCUUUUUCUUUCAGGCUCAGAAAUCAUGGAUAGAGAGAGUGUUCUACAAGCGGGAAUGUGUUCAUAUAAUACCAAGUUCCAAAGACCCCCAUAGGUGCUGCUGUGGGCGGCUAAUAGGGCAACACGUCGGACUGCCUCCAGCUAUUUCCAUCAGUCAGAAUUACAGCAUUGAAGGCAGAAUCACAAAGAAUGAUCUCCAUUCAGAGAAGUGGUCCAUCGCCAAGCACACUCAGCUCAGCCCCACAGAUGCCUUUGGGACCAUCGAGUUCCAAGGAGGAGGACACUCCAACAAAGCUCUGUAUGUACGUGUUUCCUUUGACACGAAGCCUGACCUCCUCUUGCAUCUCAUGACGAAGGAAUGGCAGCUUGAUCUUCCAAAGCUCCUGAUCUCCGUCCAUGGAGGUCUCCAAAACUUUGAACUCCAGCCUAAACUCAAGCAAGUCUUUGGCAAGGGCCUCAUUAAAGCUGCCAUGACAACAGGAGCCUGGAUAUUCACUGGAGGUGUGAAUACAGGGGUCAUCCGUCAUGUAGGAGAUGCGCUGAAGGACCAUGCAUCAAAAUCCCGAGGGAGGAUCUGCACAAUAGGUAUCGCUCCGUGGGGAAUAGUAGAAAAUCAAGAGGAUCUGAUUGGGAAGGACGUGGUCCGGCCGUACCAAACCAUGUCCAACCCCCUGAGCAAGCUGACGGUUCUGAACAGCAUGCACUCCCACUUCAUCCUGGCCGACAACGGCACAACAGGAAAGUACGGAGCUGAGGUCAAGCUAAGGCGGCAACUGGAGAAGCACAUCUCCCUGCAGAAGAUUAACACCAGGAUCGGCCAAGGUGUUCCAGUGGUGGCUCUGAUUGUGGAAGGAGGGCCUAACGUGAUCUCCAUUGUCCUGGAGUAUUUGCGGGACACACCCCCGGUGCCAGUCGUGGUCUGCGAUGGCAGUGGACGAGCCUCGGACAUCCUCGCCUUCGGUCACAAAUACUCAGAAGAAGCCGGGGUAAUCAAUGAGUCCUUAAGAGACCAGCUACUUGUCACCAUUCAAAAGACCUUCAACUACAGCCGUACCCAAGCCCAGCAUCUCUUCAUCAUUCUAAUGGAGUGCAUGAAAAAGAAGGAGCUGAUCACUGUCUUCAGAAUGGGUUCAGAGGGUCACCAGGACAUCGACUUAGCCAUUCUAACAGCACUCCUGAAAGGAGCCAAUGCCUCAGCGCCAGAUCAACUCAGUCUGGCUUUAGCUUGGAACAGAGUCGACAUUGCUCGGAGCCAAAUCUUUAUAUAUGGACAACAGUGGCCGGUGGGAUCCCUGGAACAGGCCAUGCUGGAUGCUCUGGUCCUGGACAGGGUGGACUUUGUGAAGCUGCUGAUAGAGAACGGUGUGAGCAUGCAUCGCUUCCUUACCAUCUCUAGACUUGAGGAACUCUACAACACGAGACACGGGCCGUCAAAUACUUUGUACCAAUUGGUCAGGGAUGUCAAAAAGGGGAACCUCCCGCCGGAUUAUAGAAUGAGUCUCAUAGACAUUGGCCUUGUGAUUGAGAACCUGAUGGGAGGUGCCUACAGAUGCAAUUACACCCGCAAAAGAUUUCGAACUCUGUAUCACAACCUGUUUGGUCCAAAACGGCCGAAGGCUCUCAAACUUCUGGGAAUGGAGGAAGAGCCACCCUUGCGAAGAGGAAGAAAGACGACAAAGAAACGAGAGGAAGACGUGGACAUAGACCUGGACGAUCCUGAGAUCAAUCACUUCCCUUACCCCUUCCACGAGCUGAUGGUGUGGGCAGUUCUAAUGAAGCGCCAGAAGAUGGCGCUGUUCUUCUGGCAAUAUGGGGAGGAGGCCAUGGCCAAGGCACUGGUGGCUUGUAAGCUCUGCAAAGCGAUGGCUCACGAGGCGUCUGAGAACGAUAUGGUCGAUGACAUCUCGCAAGAGUUAAACCAUAACUCCAGGGAGUUUGCCCAGCUCGCGGUGGAGCUCCUCGACCAGUCCUACAAGCAGGAGGAGCAGAUGGCCAUGAAGCUGCUGACUUAUGAGCUGAAGAACUGGAGUAACUCGACCUGCCUACAGUUAGCCGUGGCUGCCAAACACCGUGACUUCAUAGCACACACUUGCAGUCAGAUGCUCCUCACAGACAUGUGGAUGGGCAGGCUCCGGAUGCGGAAAAACUCAAGCUUAAAGGUUAUUCUGGGCAUUCUGCUUCCCCCAUCCAUCCUGAGCUUGGAGUUUAAGAACAAGAAUGAGAUGUCAUACAUGCCACACAGCCAGGAGUCCCCUGUAUUACUGAAAGAGGUGGAGGAACCUGAGAAACCAGUCAAAGAGAAGGAGGAGGAAGACAUGGAAUUCACAGCAAUGCUGGACGGGGUGAAUGGAGAAACUGUGAGAAAAAAGGAUGAGGCGGAAGUACAGACCGUACACGGAAUAAUUCCCUUUGGCAGAAAGAUAUACGAGUUCUACAAUGCUCCUAUUGUUAAGUUCUGGUUUUAUACAAUGGCGUACAUUGGCUACUUGAUGCUUUUUAACUACAUUGUUCUGGUGAAGAUGGAUGUGUGGCCUUCAGUGCAGGAGUGGAUAGUUAUCUCUUAUAUCUUCACACUUGGUAUAGAGAAGAUGCGAGAGAUCCUCAUGUCAGAGCCUGGGAAACUGUUGCAAAAGGUGAAGGUCUGGCUGCAGGAAUACUGGAACAUUACAGAUCUCAUGGCCAUCCUGCUUUUUUCUGUGGGAAUGGUGCUGCGCCUGCAGGAACAGCCGUACAUGAGCUACGGGCGGGUCAUCUACUGUGUUGACAUCAUUUACUGGUACAUUCGUCUGUUAGAUAUUUUCGGGGUCAACAAGUACCUUGGACCUUAUGUCAUGAUGAUUGGAAAAAUGAUGAUUGACAUGAUGUACUUCGUUAUCAUCAUGCUGGUGAUUCUGAUGAGCUUUGGGGUGGCUCGACAAGCAAUCCUCCAUCCAAAUGAAGACCCCUCCUGGAGACUGGCAAGAAACAUCUUCUACAUGCCCUACUGGAUGAUCUACGGAGAAGUAUUUGCAGAUCAGAUAGAUCCUCCGUGUGGAGUUGGGUUGACAGAAGAUGGAAAGCCUUUACCUCCCUGUAUAACAGGAGCAUGGAUUAUUCCAGCUAUAAUGGCGUGUUACCUCUUAGUUGCGAACAUUCUGCUGGUGAACCUCCUGAUAGCAGUGUUCAAUAACACCUUUUUCGAAGUCAAAUCUAUUUCCAACCAAGUCUGGAAGUUUCAAAGAUACCAGCUGAUCAUGACUUUCCACGAGAGACCUGUCUUGCCACCUCCGCUUAUCACUUUCAGUCACAUGACUAUGGUCUUUCAACAUAUUUGCUGUCGCUGGAAGAAACAGGAAAGUGACCAGGAGGACAAAGAUUAUGGCCUCAAACUAUUCAUCACAGAAGAUGAACUGAAGAAGCUGCACGACUUUGAGGAACAAUGUAUAGAAGAAUACUUUAGAGAAAAGGAUGACAGGUUCAUUUCCUCCAAUGAUGAAAGGAUAAGAGUCACUGCAGAACGGGUUGAUAACAUGUCUAUGCGGCUGGAGGAGGUGAAUGAGAGAGAGCACUUCAUGAAAGCUUCACUCCAGACAAUGGAUAUUAGACUGGCUCAGUUGGAGGAGGUCACGGGUCGCAUGGUACCAGCUUUAGAAAAGUUGGCUGGCAUUGACAGAGGAGAUGCCAACAAGUCCAGAUCCAGGGCUUCCUCAGAUGGCACCGAUACUGCUUACAUGUUGCGUCAAAGCAGCUUCAACAGUGCGGAAGGGAAUAAUUAUAAACUUCCAGAGUGUGGAGAGCAAGCUGGAGAGGAGUCCAUAUCGCCAAGCUCUCCCACCAUCAUGCCACGCAUGAGGAGCCAUUCCUUUUAUGCAGUGAUCACUAAGGAGCGGCCCGGAGUGGAAAGGGCUGACUAUAAUUUUAAGGAAAGAUCCUUCAGUUUACAGCGAGCAACCAGUACACAGUCUGUAGCUGUUGUGAAAGAUGCCAAGUUGGCGCCCCAACCUGUUAGUGUUUCACCUAGCAUGUCAGAGACCAAAACCCCUAUAGGCACCAAAAGGCCUUCAUCUUGUAUUGACAUUUAUGUUUCCACGAGCGAGGAAGAACAAGCAGCUACUAUGGCUGCCGAGAGCUCUCUGAAGGUUCCAGUAGCCAGAGAGGUGACGUUACAGUCUGAUAUUGUGGCUGCCAUGUUGGGGAAUCAAGCAACCAGCGGGUCUCCUGGCUUGACGAGCAAGUGGUCAGAAGGAAACGGGAUAUAUGAGGAGCUGUUCACAUCAGAUAAGCUGGCGGCACAACCUAGCACCUCACAGGCCAUCGAGAGCUUACAGCAAUGGAGUCCCGAUCCCCCUGUGUAUCACGCAUUGGAGCGUUCCAAAAGUAGCCGCUACUUGGCUGCAUCCACCAUUUACAUCGAGGAAUCCCCAAUGGUGAAGUCGCACAGUUUCAUGUUUUCACCCUCCAGGGGAUAUUACGGCAGCCUGGGUGUUGCGGUUAAAACCGCAGAAUACACGAGCAUCACCGACUGCAUUGACACCAGAUGUGUCUCUGCCCCUCCCGCCAACACAGAACACUCUCCUUUAUCCAGCGGUUCCCGUGGAGAUCAUUCAAGCGGCCUCGACGAAGUGUCCACUUCCCACCCAGAGAGAGAGGCCGAACUCAGCCAUCCGAGUUCCGACAACGAGGAACACGAAGGAGAAGUUCAAGACAAAGCGAGCGCAGCUAAGCAGUGUUUCCUCGAGAGUACUGCAGUCGAGCCCCUAUCAAACAAUACAUCGCUUUCCAAGCUGGAGAGGGCAAACAGUUACACUGCAUCGGAGCCCAAUACACUGAAUGCCCACGCUAAAAAGAGCUAUUCCAUCAGUGACAAACUGGACAGACAGCGAAACUCGCCGGGCUUGCGAAAUCCCUUCCAACAAGGUCGCUUGUCAAAGCCGGACCUAAAAGCUGAUGGUUUCUCACUGAAAAAGUUGUCAAAAACAACUGCUUUUAGAAGCUUUGACAGCAGCAAACAGAAUUUCACAUAA